UUAUCUCUCCUGGUUUCCUUGUCUCUUCGGUCUUCGCUCACCAGAAUCGAAAAAACCAGACACCGAUCUCUGUAAAUCUCUCCUUAUCGAUUUCCUCUCUUUUAGGGUUUCUGUAAUCCAUGGCUUUGGAGUGGGUAGUUCUCGGCUAUGCUGCCGGCGCUGAAGCGAUCAUGCUCCUCUUGUUGACCCUACCGGGUAUGAACCCUCUCCGGAAAGGUCUCAUCACGGUGACCAAAAACCUACUGAAGCCAUUCCUUUCGGUGGUUCCGUUCUGCUUGUUUCUUCUUAUGGAUAUAUACUGGAAGUACGAGACAAUGCCGUCCUGUGAAGGUGAAUCGUGUACUCCGACGGAGCAUCUUCGCCACCAGAAAUCUAUCAUGAAGAGCCAACGUAAUGCACUCUUGAUCGCCGCUGCUCUCAUCUUCUACUGGCUUCUCUUCUCCGUUACCCAACUUGUGGUCCGCCUUGAACAACUUAACCAACGCCUUGAGAAAUUGAAGAAUCAGGACUGAUUGGAGAAAGAUAAGCUUGGUUUACUUUAAAAAGAAAUUUUUGUUUUUUUCUUCUGUUCUGAAUGGGAUUUAUUUGUUGUUGGAUUUUGGUUUGUAUACAUGUUUUACAUUUGGAUGGAUUUCGAUGGUUUAGAGAUUGUAUCUUUUGUGACUCGAUAUGAUCUUUGAGGUCGCUAGAAUUGAAUUGGAUUGAUCCAUUAGUUUUGGAUUUUAAUUUACAAUCCUGCUUCUUAUUCUUGUUA